AUGGUUCUGGGUGGCCGGCACAGGGGACCAUUGGAUUUCCUUCUAGAACAGUUCAGAAAGCUGACAAAAUAUGUUGACGGCACUGCCCACAGGUCCUUCCAGGUGGUACUCUUCUUGUUCCUGGUGCUGGCUGUGUUCCUGAUGCUUGGUUUCCUGCAUGUGGACUUCAAACUCCUCUCACCUCUGCUCAGGGACAAGGCCCAGGAACCACCAGUCACCAAUAUCAUGUUUCUCAAGACGCAUAAGACAGCCAGCAGUACAAUUCUCAACAUCCUCUACCGCUUUUCGGAGUCUCACAACCUGUCCACAGCGCUGCCUGAAGGCUCUAGUUUCCAUCUGGGCUACCCGUGGCUUUUUGUGACACGGUAUGUGGAGGGCAUGCAGCAGGAUGACAGCUUACACCAUCGUUUCAACAUCAUGUGCAAUCACCUGCGGUUCAACUUUCCUGAGGUGCAGAAAGUCAUGCCCAACGACACUUUCUACUUCUCCAUCCUACGGAACCCGCUUUUCCAGUUGGAGUCCUCCUUCAUCUAUUACAAGAGCUAUGCGCCUGCCUUCCAGAGAGUCAAGAGCCUAGAUGAAUUCCUGGCAGAUCCGUGGAAGUACUACAAUGAUAGUGCGGGCCUAAAGAACGUCUACGCAAAAAACAACAUGUGGUUUGAUUUCGGCUUCGACAACAACGCCCCGGUUGAAGCGGACUAUGUUCACACGUGCCUCGCGGAGGUGGAGCGCCGAUUCCAUCUGGUGCUCCUCACAGAUCACUUUGACGAGUCUAUGGUGCUGCUGCGCAGACGGCUGCGCUGGCAGCUGGAUGACGUCGUGUCCUUCAAGCUGAAUGUGCGCAGUGAGCGUACCAUCUCGCACCUGACACCGGAGAGCCAGGAGCGGGCCAAGCGCUGGUGUGCGCUGGACUGGCAGCUCUACCGGCAUUUCAACCGCACGUUUUGGACCCAGCUGCAUGCGGAGCUAAGCCCGCGCCAGCUCAGGGAAGAGCUGGAGCAGCUGCGGGCGAGGCGGCGCGAACUCACCACCCUGUGUCUUCAGGACCCAGAGCCCAAGAACAAAACUCACAUUGAUGACUGGAAUCUGCGUCCUUACCAGUCCGGAAAUGCUGAAAUUCUGGGCUACAACCUUAGGGAUGGUCUGGACAACAGCACCCUGCGUAUCUGUCAGAGGAUGGCGAUGCCGGAGCUCCAGUACAUGGCCCACCUGUACUCGCUGCAGUUUCCCAACAAGACUCCCAAGAACAUCCCAUUCCUGAAAGAAUAAGGGGUUAGCUAAGUGACCCAUUCUCCCCAGGCUUCCCUGGGAGCCCUAGGUUUUUUUUUU